AUGCGAUACCUCCUCUACAGUCUUCUCCUGGUGGCCCCGGGCCUCGCCGCAGACCUGUAUGUCUCGCCAUCUGGCUCUGACAGCGCAUCAGGUGGAAUCAAUUCGCCGCUGAAGUCGAUUCAAGCCGCCGUCGACGCGGCCACCGCUGGCACCACAAUCUACCUGCGCAAGGGCACCUAUUCGCCCUCGAGUAACAUUCAGAUCAAAAAGAAGGGUUCACCCGGAGCGGCGUAUGUCGUGCGCGCUUACGAGGGUGAGAAGGUUAUCAUCGACGGGGAAGAUCUACCGGGCACCCCUGCUGAGGUCGGUGGCUCGCUGGCCAACAAGGAUCGAGGUAUCUUCCACAUUCAGGACGCCGAGUACUGGGAGUUCUACGACCUCGAGUUCAUCAACGGGCCGUACGGCGUGUACGCCAGGGAUGCUUCGAACAAUCACUACGAGCGGAUAACUACCCGCGAGAACUACGAGACUGGCUUCCAGCUCGAGGGAGCCUCAGCCAACAACACGGUUCUCUAUCUCGAUUCGUACGGCAAUCGGGAUCCUCGCAAGAACGGCGAGAGUGCCGAUGGAUUCGCCUGCAAGGAGGGUGAGGGUGAGGGCAAUGUGCUGCGAGGUGCCCGACUUUGGAACAAUGUCGACGACGGACUGGACCUCUGGGAAUUCAAAUCCGGCGUGACCAUCGAAAACACUCUGUCUUGGGGCAAUGGAUAUAACAGAUGGGGUUUCGAGCCCUUCGAAGGUGACGGCAACGGCUUCAAACUGGGCGGCGGCGACGAAGCCGACAAAGGACCGGCUAACCACGUCCUCACCAACUGCAUCGCCUUCGGAAACUCGCAUGACGGAUUUACCGACAACUCGCAGCCUGGCGAUUUCACCCUCAAGCGCAACACGGCCUGGAAUAACGCUGCCAUCGGCUUCCGUUCCCAGACGGCCGUAUCCACGCUGACGGGCAACAUUGCGGCGGCCAACGGGGAGAAGCCGACCUCUUUAAGUGACAAACAGGUUUCGAAAGGGAACUCGUGGGACGGCAGUGGCAGCUGGAGCAACAGCAGCUUUGUCAGUAUCGACGUGAGUCUGGUGCAAGGGGAUCGUAAGGCCGACGGAAGUAUCGAGGCCAGUGAUUUUUUGUUGCCAAAGUCGGGAGAAGCCCUGGGCGCCACGACGGAUUGGUCUGCUUGA